AUGGCUUCUAAGCGCGAAGAACUCCAGAAAGGCCUUUACGAGGUCGGCAUGCCUAUUCGCCGCGCCGUUCUGAGUGACGCAUAUGUCGACAAUGCGCUUAAGAACGGUGGUACAGAGUUUGCCAAAGCAAUGCAAGAAUUUACCACUGCCUUCUGCUGGGGUGCCGUAUGGGACCGUCCGGGAUUAGAUCGCAAGCAACGGUCUAUUGUCAAUAUCGCUAUGCUUGCCGCUACAAGCAAGAUCCACGAACUUGCCAUCCACGUUCGUGGGGCCGUAAACAACGGCGUCUCCGCGACCGAAAUUCGAGAAAUUCUUGUGCAAGUCUGCAUUUACAUGGGAGUUCCUGCUGGCAUGGAGGCAUUCAAGGCUUCCGAGCAGGUGCUGGUGAAGAUGGCUGAGGAAGGUGCAACAAUCAAACCAUAA